CUAGGCUUAUCCGAACCGCCAAGCCUGGGAUACAUUCCAAACCUAGGCCUUUGGCCAAAGGUCAAAUAACCCUUAUACCUCUUAAAAGCCGCCUUUAUGUCACCGAGAUUGGGUUAGGAACAAAGAUUGGUUGAUACAUAUGUUGGUGAAUGAUAGCAACUACUUAUUAGCUAGUACCUAGUGAAUCGGUUAAAGUGUACGAGGGGUUUGGGCACCAAAUUUAUCCAGAGGAAAAAAUAGUUUAGGAAUAUGUUUAUGGUAUUUGUACACGAUCAAUUUAUGCAAGUAUUAACAGCCUAUAUAUACUACAUUUACUUAAAAAAGAAUGAAGGAAUUUGAAUUACGAGGUUUGACUUUCAAUAUUCAGUCUCUAUAUAAACAUCAAUUUCUUAAUUUCUUUGAAAUAAAGUUUAUAUAAAUAAAAACAAGAUAAAAUGUAAUAAAAGUUUUUGUUAUUAACUCUUCAAAUUAUACUUCUGCAUUAGGCAUUCUGUGGAGGAGUGAUUCGUGUCUAUCUUUCCUCAUGAAAAUUGCAGUUCUCUGUAAGGCAACUAACAUGCCUGUUGAAUUUGCUUUUCUGAUAACACUCAAACAUACAUGAUAAAUAAUAUGCUAGAAUUUUAAAGUCAAAGAAUCAACCUGGAAUGCAACAAAACUGAAAAAAAAAAUAGAAAAAAGAGAAAGACAAUGGCAAUGAUUAUUACCAAUAAAAUAAGUUUGAGACUUCCCUCGCUGACCUAUAUCAGACGGUAUGAUUCAGCUCUGAGGCUUUGUUCUAUUGUCUUCUCUUCCUUCCACGCAAUAAAACGCUAUAAUAGUUCUAUUCUAUGUAUUGUUUAUAGUUGGGUUUGUCUAAUUGAGGAUUGUCCACAUUAACCCGAUGUAUGCAUUAUUUAACCCUCUUCAAUAGAAUUUGACUUCUGAAAGAAAACUCCUUAGAAAUUAAAUAUACACAUCAUUAGUCUAUGUGUUACCUAAUCAAAAAAAUAUUAAAUAUUCUAUGACAUUAAUCUCCACCAUUCGUUUCUACCACUAUGACGACAAUUCCACAUAGGAUGCCCCCUACGCUUCCUUUGUCUUCUCCACUAUAACGUCGACUCAUCAUUAUUUUACGACACUAAAGAAUAUAUUACAUGAUUAAUUAAUUUCACUAAGCCGAAGACACUGUCACAAUAUAAACAAAGCCAUUGCAACAGCUACAUACAAAGAAAACAAUUAAGUGUUGGUUUGGUAAUGUUGAUGGAAAGUCACCGGAAUUUGCCCACAAAUGCCAUCAGUUUUUGCUUACUCCCCUCGGAGCUCAUCCAAUAUAUAAUUCUUCAGCUAGCCUUGCCUGAGAUUAUCCGACUGAAAUCUGUCAAUAAGUCCAUUUCCUCUCUUAUUUCUGAUCGGGAUUUCGUUCGCGACUACAAUCUUCAAUCGAGCUCCGCCACGUGGCUGUUCCUCUACAAGAAACGGUGGCGCCGUGAAGCUGUGCUCUAUGGCUUCGCCGAUUCUUCCAACCGGUGGUUUAAUAUAUUGAUCGCCGAUUUGUUGAAACAAGUGGUUCCGCCAGGUGAAGAUGUCUACUUUUUGACUGCUUCUGGUAAUAUAUUCCUCUUUGCUUUGAAUAACAGGCAGGAAGUUAUGUCAGUUGACAUUAUGACUAGGAUGGUGAAAAAGAUCCCUCCAAGUCCGUUAGGUCCACGUGGCACAUCCUCGUGGCGAAGAUCCGGUAUGAAAUUACUGUCUUGCCCUUCUAGUUCCAAUCAUUUUCGAUUCUUGUUUGCUGAGUUACAUGAAAGUCAUCCAACUUUAUUCGAGUUUGAUUCAAGAGUUGAGAGAUGGCAAUUUAUGAAAGGAAGAGAGGUUACCCAAGACUUGCAAGGUGAUUUUAUUUUCCUAAGUGCAUCUAAUGGACGUAACGGAAGUGUCAUCAUAGCCGUGCGACCUCAAUGCAACAGCACUCCAGUUGUCAUCCGACCAACAUUCAUCACCCGAGGGAACGAGGAAAAUCAAUUAGCUGUUGGAUUUAAUUGGGGAAACGCCAUCGAUCUAUUACACGUGUACGGGGAUGGAAAUAUGAUUACUAUUAGAUCAGGCAAAGUUGUUGAUGUGAAUAAAACAGUUAGAAAGAUAAAGGGAAUAGAGUUAUGGGGGUUGAGCACAAAUGGGAGGUAUUGGGAACUUGUAUCAAGGGCACCAAAUGAUCUAAUUUAUAAAAUAUGCAAGCCAUAUGGUGCUAUGAUGGGGUGUAUGCAAAAAGGGGAAGGGUUGACAAGGGCAAUUUUGAUGACCAAUCUAGAGGGUACAUGGGACACAAUUUGGUUAAGCUAUGACAAAAAGGACAACCAGUGGGCGUGGCUCCCGUUACCUGAUUGCAAAAUGAAGGGCUCAAACUUGGCUGGAGUCACAUUCUCCUCUGGUUUAACCUUGUCCUAGGAUUGUCACAUUUUAAUUAGAUUUUGAAUGUUUGGUUCAAUGUGAUGUGAUUAAAUAGUUAAACCAUAACGAAACUGAGAAACAACACCCCUCCCCCCCCCCCCCC